AUGGGCUCCGUAGCAACUGAAAAGUUAAGCAACAGCGUCUUAGAAUUUAAAGGAGUCCUCACAGGAGGACACCAUGGUUGGGUCACAUCGAUCUCAACUCCACUGAAGACAGACGUCAACACAAUCAUAUCAGCAUCCAGAGACAAGAGACUCAUGAUAUGGGAAAUGUUCGAUGAUGAAGUUGACGGUCAAGUAGGUGUGGCAAAGAGAGCAUUGACAGGCCACUCACAAACAGUACAGGACGUUUCAAUGUCCUCAGAUGGACUUUUUGCAUUAUCAGGCUCAUGGGACGGAACACUAAGACUGUGGGACCUGGUCAAGGCAUGCUCAGUCAGAGUGUUUAACGGACACACAAAGGAUGUAAACAGUGUAGCAUUUAGCCCAGAUAACCGUCAAAUCAUUUCCGGAAGCAGAGACAAAACAAUAAAGCUAUGGAACACACUAGCAGAAUGCAAAUAUACCAUCACCAACUCAACCCAUACCGACUGGGUGUCAUGUGUCAGGUUCUCUCCAAGUGGAAAGGAACCGAUUUUUGUUUCAGGAGGAUGGGAUAAACUCAUUAAGGUUUGGGACCUAAGAACAUGCCAAUUGAAACACACACUAUAUGGUCACGAGGGUGUAGUAUAUUCAGUUUCAAUAUCACCAGACGGCUCACUUUGUGCAUCGGGUGGUAAGGAUGGAGUAGCAAGGUUGUGGGACAUGAAGGAAGCCAAUAGCUUGCACCUGUUGGAUGCAGGAUCUACAAUUAACGCACUAUGCUUUUCACCCUGCAAUUACUGGCUCUGCGCAGCAACAGAUAAGGCAAUCAAGAUCUGGGAUCUGGAAAACAAGAACAUACUAGCAGAGAUAAACAACGACAGAACAAAGAAGGUUGGACUUCCCUGGUGUGUUUCCUUGUGCUGGUCUCCCGACGGCAGAGUGCUGUACGCAGGAUCAACCGACGGAAAUAUCUACGUAUACCAAGUCAGCAGGAACUACAGCUACCUAACGAAUUAA